AGAAAUCAUUUUGUUGUUAGAAUAUUCAAAAGUUCACUACACACUGUCACACUCUCUCUUUGUCUAGUUAAGAAUAUGUAAUUGAUCUCUUACAUUUAGCCAGCCUACUUGCUGCAGGUGAUGAUACUCAGAUCCAAUGUCCUCCUAUGAAAAUGUUAUAACUGUCACUGCGAGGUUGAAUAUCUAUCAAUCCAUAUUCAAUGCCGUCGUCAGUUACUUUUUGCCCCCUCACAAACACAAACUCAUACUCAUUUCAGUUCAGCUCUGAUCUAACCUUAUCUAAUCUAAUCUGAUAGUCAUAACAACUACUAUGAAAUUACAGCCAUGGCAGCAGCAGCAGCAGCAGCAGUCCAUGUCCAUCCCCUCCAUAUAGUCCUUCUCCUCCUCAUCUCCUUCUGUUCUGCCCCAUCUCCUCCACAUACCCAUAGGAAGAAUGAGGUCGGGGAGUACUGUGUAUACACGGCGUACGUUCAAACGGGAUCCAUCAUAAACGGCGGCACAGAUUCCACCGUCAUUUUAACCCUUUAUGAUGCCUACGGCUACGGGAUUCGGAUCAACAAUCUGGCUGCGUGGGGCGGCCUCAAUGUCAAUUAUUACAACUACUUCGAACCUGGGAAUUUGGACAUUUUCAGCGGGCAAGGUCCCUGCCUGCCCGCCACCAUCUGCGCCAUGAACCUGACCACCUCCGACGGCUCCGACGCCUGGUACUGCUCCUACGUCCAGGUCACCGCCACCGGCGUCAACCGCCCCUGCACUCAGAGGCUCUUCACCGUCGACCAGUGGCUCGCCGCCGAUCAUCAUACCCUCGCCGCCAUAAGGAACUUGUGUUCCUAAUUAUUUAAUUAAUGGCUUCAGGCUAAUCAAAGUAUACUUGAAAACUAAAAUACACAAAUUAAAUCUUAUCCAUUUUCUCUAUUUGAUGUCUGUCCAAUUAAUUGUACUAGUAUUUAUUUAAAGAUGUUGAAAAUAGUCUCGAUGAAUAAAAUUCUUUUAUAUAAUAAAUUAGUUGCCCUUAUCAUGU